UACUAGAUUGUUACUUACACAUACAAAUGCUGUCUUUACACUCCCUUCAUUCCUUUCUUCUUCGUCCCUUCAACUUCAAACCCCCUUAGGCCUUUGUUGGUAGUACCACACCACCUUUUUUCUUCUUCUAUUCCAGGACUCUCAUUUUACCAUUCUUUUGUUUUCUUAUUUUUGUUAUCUUUCGGUUUCAUCAAAUUGUUAAAGAAGAAAGAACAAAAACAUGUUCUUUUGAGCUGGAGCAUUAAAAUCCCAUGACUUCGCUUUCUAGUUCCUGCUUAAUCUGGAUGCUCCCUUUGGUUUUUCUUAGCUGAAUUUGUGGGUUGCGCCAUUUUCCUUCAAACUUAGAUCAAGUUGAUUCCUUUAUCUUGCUUCUUCUUACUUUCCCUGGAUCAAGCUCGUUUAUUUACGUUCUCUGAGUUCAAAGCUGUUUCGGUUCCAAUAAUUUCAGCGACCCUUUUAAUCAAAAUUCUUUGAAGUGUUUCCAAGCAAUGAUUUUUGUACGAAAAUUCAAUUGGGAGUUGCUUCUCUUUGUGCUGAUUUCGUUUCACUUUCACUUCUCCACUUGUUAUCCCAUGGAACCCAUGAACUGUACGGACACAAGCCGUGUUUGCACUUCUUUCUUGGCCUUUAAGCCUGAAGAAAAUCAGACACUGGCGGUGAUUGAGAGCAUGUUUGAUGUGUUACCUGGUGACAUCACUGUUGAAGGCAAUGGGUGGGGUUACAUGUUCAUAAGGAAGAACUGUUCUUGUGCUGCUGGUAUCAAGAAAUAUGUGACCAACACUACUUUCACUGUGAAAUCCAAUGAAGGGUUGGUGUAUGAAAUGGUGAUGGAUGCCUAUGAUGGCCUUGCUUUUCUUCCCAACACUACUAGGAGGGCAAAGAAUGGUGCUGUUGUGUCACUGAGGUUGUUUUGUGGUUGCUCCAGUGGACUUUGGAACUAUCUGGUGAGUUAUGUGAUGAGAGAUGGGGACAGUGUUGAAUCCUUGGCAAGCAGGUUUGGGGUUAGUAUGGAUAGCAUUGAGACUGUGAAUGGCAUCGAUAAUCCUGAUAAUGUCACUGUUGGUUCACUUUAUUAUAUACCCAUGGAUUCGGUUCCUGGUGAUCCAUAUCCCCUGAAUAAUGCGGCUCCACCAGUUCCUGUUCCUGCCCCAUCCGAUAAUAACUUUUCAGCUGAUCAAGUCAAUCACAAGACUCAUGUUCCCUAUGGAUGGAUCGUUGGGGGUUUAGGAGUUGGUCUUUUAUUGAUAAUAUUAGCUGUAAUUCUCUGUGUUUGCCUGAGAUCAUCAAAGUGUUUUGCUGAAGCCAAAAGUCAUGAGAAAGAUGCCGAGGGCAAGAUCUCUCAUAAAUUUCAUAUUCUUCGGAACCCAAGUUUUUUUUGUGGUUCUGGAAGGUACAUAUGUGGCAAACCUGUUGACCAGAAGCAAAAAGAUGGUGAAUCUAGCAAUCACACAAUUACCAUUCCCAAAGCUUCAACUCUAGGGCCUGACGUAUUUGACAUGGAUAAGCCUGUAGUCUUUUCAUAUGAAGAGAUUUUUUCCUCAACUGAUGGUUUCUCAGAUUCAAAUCUACUUGGGCAUGGAACAUAUGGUUCUGUUUAUUAUAGCCUCCUUCGCGACCAGGAAGUUGCUAUUAAAAGAAUGACAGCUACUAAAACAAAAGAAUUUAUGUCAGAGAUGAAGGUUUUAUGCAAGGUUCAUCAUGCUAAUCUGGUAGAAUUGAUUGGCUAUGCAGCUAGUCAUGAAGAGCUUUUCCUGGUUUAUGAAUAUGCUCAGAAGGGUUCACUCAGAAGCCAUUUGCACGAUCCUCAAAAUAAGGGUCAUUCCCCACUUUCUUGGAUCAUGAGGGUCCAGAUUGCGCUUGAUGCUGCUAGGGGCCUUGAAUACAUACAUGAACACACAAAAACUCAUUAUGUCCACCGUGAUAUCAAGACAAGCAACAUUUUACUUGAUGCUUCUGUUAGAGCAAAGAUUUCAGAUUUUGGGUUAGCAAAACUUGUUGGGAAAGCAAAUGAAGGAGAAAUUUCAACUACUAAAGUUGUUGGUACAUAUGGAUAUCUUGCACCAGAAUAUUUGAGUGAUGGUCUUGCAACUACUAAAAGUGAUGUAUAUGCAUUUGGUGUUGUCCUUUUUGAGAUUAUAUCAGGAAAGGAGGCUAUUAUUCGAUCAGAAGGCACAAUGACAAAAAAUGCUGAAAGACGUUCACUGGCAUCCAUAAUGUUGGCGGUUCUUAGGAACUCACCUGAUUCAAUGAGCAUGUCAAGCCUGAGAGAUUAUAUUGAUCCAAAUAUGAUGGAUCUGUAUCCCCAUGAUUGUGUAUUUAAGAUGGCCAUGCUGGCAAAGCAAUGUGUGGAUGAUGAUCCCAUCUUAAGACCUGAUAUGAGACAAGUUGUGAUUUCACUCUCACAAAUUCUCUUGUCUUCUGUUGAGUGGGAAGCAACACUUGCAGGGAAUAGCCAAGUAUUCAGUGGCCUUGUCCAGGGAAGAUAAGUUACACAGCGACCAUAUCUCUCUUCAACAUCAUUCUUUUCUUGUGUAUCCUGCUUCAUUAUACCUUCUUGGUUGGUGGGUUGAUAAUGAUGAGUCCAUAGGAACUGAUGGACCUGGUGGUGGGUCAAUAUCUAUUUUUGGCCAUUUAUUUUAUUCAAUGUUUUAUGAGCUAAGCUAUUCCUUGAUUUUAUUUAGCUUCAUUCCAAUAUGUAGAAAUUUUUUGAUGUAAUUUAGAGUGUGUGA